AAAUGACCAUUCAGGGGCUUCAUUCUCGGAACGACCCGUCUGGUCAAACUGAAGCCAGAUGCACCACACAUUGAAUGUUUUCCUGUUAAUGAAGCACAACUGCAUGCAAACUGAAGCAUAACAGUAAGCAGUCAUGCAAAUUGACCUGGAGCUCCAGAUGGGUCAGACAGAGACAGAGCGGCUUGAGUUGGAGUGAUAACUGAAGUCUCGGAGAGGAAAUGAGAAAACAGCUGGAUGGAUGGAUGUGCGUGUGCUGAUGAAGGAGGGAACGGAGGAAAUGCGGUAUGUGUGUUCUUUGUCCGCAUUGGCAUUGUCCACUUUCAUCAUCUCUGUGGUGUUUGCCAUUAUCCCAUUAUGCAAUCAUUUACUCAUGUUGGCGUUUGCUCUGGCAGUGUCUGGUCUUGCCAUGGGUGUCAUUGACACCAUAUCUAACCUACAACUAGUCAAGAUCUACCAAAAAGACUCCACGGUUUUCCUGCAGGCUUUAAAAUACAAAAUACAAGCGCACCCAGAGCAGCCGCCAGCGCAGCCACCGCCAGCGCACCCAGAGCAGCCGCCAGAACAGCCGCCAGCGCACCCACCCUUGCAGCCCUCGCAGCCACCAGCCCUACCUCCUGAAUCUGUUUUGUCUGUGUCUGCUCCGCUGCCAUCCGCAGCACCACCUGUCAUGGUUCCUGCCUUGUCCCAAACCCCUUUCAUUCCCACCCAAUCUGGACCUCCCUCCAUGAACUUUGUUGUUCCCCCACCCCCCCUCCCUUGUUUGUUGUUUUUGUUGUCCCAUCCCAACCCAUUGGUCAUUUUUGCUUGUUUGCCUUUGUUAUUGUUUGUAAUGUUUUCUUGGAUCUUGUCUGUUUGUCAGUCUGUUUUGUCCCGUGUUUAGUGUUCCCCUUGAGGAGCGUCUGGUAGCCGCUCCUUAAAGGGGGGCUACUGUCAGGACCCGUCUGAAUCAUGUGUUAAAUUAGAUCUAGUCUUUGUGUUCGGGGUCCUGGCAGAACCAUGUUUUAUGUAGGAGAUGCGUGGUUUAAGUAUUGAAUUAUUCUGACCACGCAUUUCCCAGGUCUCAUCACUUUUUCCCCGAUCCCUUACUCUUGAUUCUUUUCAGGUGUGUGUCAUUAAGUUUUCCCUAUUUAAAGUCCUUGUGUUUGGUGUCUUGUACUGGUCCGUUUUGUCCUGUCAAUGUGAGUAUUUGAAGUCUGUUUAGUUUAGCCUAAAUCCAGUUGCUUGUUAUUGGUUUUUGUAGUUUAGUCUAGUUAGUAUAAUCCCGUGUAAAUCCUGUCUUUUGUUCAGUUUAUUGUUUGUUAUUUGCCCCAUCGUGGGUUUUGUUUUCUUGUUUUAUAUUUAAUAAAGUGUUUAGUGUUCAUAUACGUCUGCGCUUGGGUUCGUCUCUAAAAAUCCCUACACCUAUGAGAAAAAAUUACUUCUUUUCUGUAAUUUAUAGUAUUUGAUCUAGCCAAAAACGCAUCUAUGAGGUAUUUGUUUCCUACCCUGUCAGUUUAAGAUUCGACGCAGAUUCGACAGGUACGCCACCUUUCGAAAUACUUGUGAAAUGCACCGCUUGGUGUUUCGAAUCACUUUAUCACGUGACAUGGGUGUUUCGAAUCACAUUUCAGAGCAGUGUUUCGAAACAUUUACG